AUGUCCUUGACCGGUGCCGCCCGCGGCGCGCACCGCGGCCCGGCCCGCCCGCCCCGCCGCCGGACUCACCCCAUGAGCCAGUCCAUGGCUACGCGGGGCCCGCCGCGCCCGCCGCCCGACUUGCUCGGCCCUCAGCCCGCGGCUGCGGCGGCCGGAAGUAAACACUCUCUUACUCACUCCCACACGCGCGCCGCGGGCGCCGCCGGAAGUGACGCUAGCGCGCCGCCUGCUGGGAACGGUAGUCCCGACUGCCACUGCGGCCCCGCCCUCCGGGCCCUCAGGAGCCCGCGCAGGAAUAUUCCCUACGCCCUGGGAUGUCCCUUCACACCCCGCUUUGGGCCAGAGGCCCGCAGCAGGGUGAUGCUGUGGGCAGUCGGGGCUGCAUGUGGGCCAAGGGGAGGGUCUCGGAGGAGGAUGCGGGAGAGUGCCGGGAGGCUGGAGACCGCUGAAGACCUGAGCUCCCAGGCCACGUUUCCUCCCAGCCUGCAGGGCCUUCGGGGUCCUGCUCGCGCGGACCGGCCGCCCCUUCCAGGGCGCAGGCAGCAGGUGGCGCUGCCGGGCUUCUCGCCUGGAUCGGGAAGAGCUGGGUGGGAGCGGAAGGCCGGCCAGAAGCACUAG